AAGAAGAAUUGUGUGUCGGAAAUUGGCCAAUCAGCGCAUACCUUGUGCGACUAGUAUCCAGGAAGUUCUGGUUGAAGGGAGGGAACGCUCUACUCAAAAAGGUUUCGUUUUCUGUACUUUUUUUGAGGAUUAUGGACUGGAACGAGGGACAUGUGCCUCACGGUCACAUGGAGGACCACUGCCACAACCACGGAGCGCACGGACACGAUCACGGUCACGGUCACGGACCAGGCGGGAUGAUGCACGGGUUCAGACCUGGUUUCCAUGGGCAGUUCGGCCCCAGGGGUGACAUCAGGACAGACCCCACACAGCAGCCAAUGAAACGCUCGCAUAUGGAUGACAGCAGCAGCUGGGACAUUGUAAAAGCAACACAGUUCGGAGUGCUGGCGCGCUGCAGAGAGCUGGUGGAGGCGGGGUAUGACGUCAGGCAGCCCGACAAGGAGAACGUGUCCCUGCUGCACUGGGCCGCCAUCAACAACCGCGCGGAGCUGGUCAAGUAUUAUAUUUCCAAAGGUGCUAUUGUUGACCAGCUCGGGGGCGACCUGAACUCAACUCCUCUGCACUGGGCGGUGAGGCAGGGACACCUCUCCAUGGUGAUCCAGCUGCUGAGGUACGGCGCCGAUCCCUCGCUGGCGGACGGAGAGGGCUUCUGCUGCCUCCACCUGGCCGUGCUGUUCCAGCACAUGCCCAUAGCGGCCUACCUCAUGGCCAAGGGACAGGAAGUCGAUAGUCCAGAUCUAAAUGGGCAGACUCCUUUGAUGUUAGCAGCUCAGAAAAUUAUAGGGCCUGAACCCACUAACUUCCUUAUCAAGUGCAAUGCCUCGGUCAACGCCGUGGACAAGGUGAACGGGAACUCGCCGCUCCACUGCGCGGUGCUGGCGGGCAACGUGGACGCGGCCCACCUCCUUCUGGAGGCGGGAGCCAGCGUGAGCCUGCAGAACGCCAAGGGACACACUCCCAUAGACUUAGCCCACCAGGUGCACAGUCCUCUGCUGAUUCACAUGCUGACCCACAUCAAGGAGGAGAGGAUCAAGUCGAGUUCGCCCUGCUUCAGGAUAGUCGCCAAGUACGAGUUCCACCUGCAGCUGGCGUUCAGCGCGGUGGUGAUGUGGGUGGUGGGCGCCAUCGCGGACAUGCGCUCCGAGUCCUGGCUGCUGAAGGGCCUCCUCCUGGGCUGCGUGCUCGGCGCCGUCAACGUCACGUCCCGGCAACUGUCUGGACCCUCGAUGCAGGAACUCCGCCCUGCCUCCGCCCUCAUCGCCUCCCUCCUCUGGAUGGUGGUCACAUGGUGCCUGUGGUUCCUGCCUGAUAUCCCCAGCUUUACAGUGCAGGUUCUCUUCAGCCUCAACGCCAUUGGUCUGGCCUACUACUACUUACGGAGCUGGAGGACGGACCCCGGGUACAUCAGGGCCACUGAAGAGGAGAAGAAGAAGAACGUGGUGCUGCUAGCCGAAGCGGGCUGCCUGGACCCCCGGAUCUUCUGCACCUCCUGCAUGAUGCGGAAGCCCGUAAGAGCCAAUCACUGCUUUUCCUGCGACUCCUGCAUCGCCAAGCAAGACCACCAUUCCAUGUGGAUCAACGGCUGCAUAGGGGCCAGGAACCACCGCUACUUCGUGAUGUUCCUGCUCUGCCUGACGCUGAUGGGCGGCUGGAUGUUCUACGGCAGCAUCGUCUAUUGGUCGAAGCGCUGCUCGCUGAGCUACCGCGAGGUGGGCGCGUGGGGCGUGCUGACGGAGCUGGUGGGCUGCUCCCCGUGGGUGCUCUACGUGUUCGGCAUGACCUUCCUGCACACCUCCUGGGCCUCGGCCUCCCUCCUCAUGCAGCUGUACCAGAUCGCCGUCUUUGGACUGACUACGACUGAGAGGAUGAACCUCAUUCAGCGAAGAAGAAGACACCAGCAGCAAUUCUCACUCCGAGAAAACCCAUACAAUUUGGGUUUGGUGCGGAACCUGGUGAACUUCUUCCAGCUGCGUUGCUGCGGGCUGUUCAAGCCGGCCGUGGUGGACUGGACCCAGCAGUACUCCUCCGGGCUCGACAUGGCCGCCGGCGAGGACUUCCACACGGUCUGAGCCGCUCGAAGUGCACCCCCCAUCCCCCAACCACCACCCGAGCUCGGACCGGCUCAAAGUCCCCCACCCCCGCCCCCACCCACCGCCCGUGCUGGGACCGGGCCAAAGCCGCUCGGGGGGGGGGGGCGGAGAGCUGACGCUCGCGUGGAUCUGAGCCAAAUGGCAUAUUUUACUUUUUAAAUAAUUUUUCGUAACUUCUUUUCCGCUGUUAAUGAGCAUCCGCCUAAAAAAAAAAAGAUCAGUUCAAAAACGUUGAUUUGAGAAAAGUGAACCGGAGGACUUAUUUUUGUUUGCACAAACAAUUGCCUUGUACCGGAAUACGUCCAGCGAAAGAUCUCGAUAAUUUUGGCGGUGGAAGUUUUGAAUGUCCCUUGUCACCGUUUGUUAAAUUAUGUGUAAAGUGUGUAGAGAACAUUGUUUUAUACAUAGCUCUAUUUUCCUAAAUAAUGUUUUUUUUUUUUUUUGCAAGAGAUAAGGGAACAAUUAUAUACAAACUGAAUAUAAUAUUUUUGUUUUUAUAAAGUUAUAAAUGAAUGUUUUAUAUGAGCUGGCAAAUACAUACAAACAUAACAAUAACAUAGCAUACAGUUAUCGCACUGCUUAGAAAGUAUAUGUUCGCUCUUCAUGCCGAGCUUUAAAUUCUUAUUUAUUGCCUGUUUUCAGUGGAAUGGCAACAUUAUGUCUUCUCGGUUACAUUGGAUUCAUUUUUGGUUUGUUUGUUUCUUAUUACGCUCUCCAUACUUAAUGAGGCGUCUACUUAAGUGCCCAUUUCUGCAAGUCUAAAGUAUGGGACAGAAUAUUAGUAUAUCAGGUAGCUUCAAAGGAAAAACGGAGAAAGCCAUAAUAUAAUACGCCAAGUGUAAAACUCGGUGAUAAAUUUUUUCUUUAAGAUCUGUCAGGAUUAAAUUGGGACUGGUGGGUUUCUGGUCAAAGUUUCACCAAAUAGACAUCAGUAAGCAAUCCUUUAAUACCACUGGUACAACUUCAUGUCAGUAUGGAAAAUUGUUGUUUUGUGUGGAAACAAUUCUCAUGACACUCCCUUGGGUUUUGUACUUUUUAAUUAGAAAACGAUUAAGCUUGUCCAGACAGCUGUGACACACGAAGUAAUGGCUUCAGAUUAAUACAAAUGUAUUUGCUAA